AUGAGUCUAAACCUGAACAAAUUGAGCAUCGACAAAGUGGCUGUGGCGGGACAGCGAGUGGUGAUGCGGGUGGACUUCAACGUGCCUCUCAAGGGAGAGACCAUCACCAACACUCAGAGGAUAGUAGCUGCAGUGCCAACCAUCAAGUACUGCCUAGAGAACAAAGCAAAGAGUGUGGUCUUGAUGAGUCAUUUGGGACGACCUGAUGGCCGACCUCAAGAGAAGUACUCUUUGAAGGUCGUAGUUCCAGAACUGGAGAAACUCCUGGGAACCAAGGUUCAUUUUCUCACCGACUGCGUUGGACCUGAGAUUGAGAAAUUCUGUGAGAGCCCUGCUGAUGGUUCUGUGAUUCUGCUUGAAAACGUUAGAUUUCACGUCGAGGAAGAAGGAAAAGGCGUGGACGCCGACGGCAAGAAAAUCAAAGCAUCAGCUGAUGAUGUCAAAAAGUUCAGCGGAUCACUUGCGAAACUUGGCGACGUUUAUUGCAAUGACGCAUUUGGAACUGCCCACAGGGCUCAUGCUUCUAUGGUUGGGGUAGAAAAACCAUCGAAGGCUUCCGGAUUCCUGUUGAAAAAAGAACUGGCAUACUUCGCAAAAGCUCUAGUGGAGCCGCAGGUACCUUUCCUGUGCAUUCUAGGAGGAGCAAAAGUAUCCGAUAAGAUCCAAUUGAUCACCAACUUGCUUGAAAAAUGCAACAAGAUGAUUAUUGGCGGUGGAAUGGCAUUUACAUUCCUGAAAGUUCGCGACAACAUGAAGAUUGGAGGCUCGCUCUUUGACGAGGAAGGCUCGAAAAUCGUGAAUGAAAUCCUAGAGAAGGCGAAAGCCAAAGGUGUAGAAAUCUAUCUGCCGUCGGAUUUUGUGACAGGAACAUCGCUGAAAGAUGACACCGAAGUCGGAUCCGCGACAGUUGAGUCUGGAAUCCCCGACGGAUGGAUGGGACUGGACAUCGGACCGAACUCUAUCAAACAGUUCGAGGAUGUUAUCGCUUCGGCGAAGACUAUCGUUUGGAACGGACCUCCAGGAGUCUUCGAGAACGAAAAGUUUGCUGCCGGAACCAAGGCUGUUAUGGGCGCGGUAGUGAAAAGCACUGAAGCUGGAGCUACGACCAUCAUCGGAGGAGGUGACACAGCUACCUGUGCUGCCAAGUAUGGAACUGAAGAGAAAGUUAGCCAUGUGAGCACUGGAGGAGGUGCCAGUUUGGAGCUGCUAGAGGGUAAAAUUCUGCCAGGCGUGGCAGCAUUGACCGAUGCUUAA